GAAAAAUCAAGAAUAUAUAAAUGUAAAUUUGAUACAUACACGUGUAAAUGCGAAAUAUGUAGUUAAAUUUAGUAAAGUUGGGAAACUGAAAUAUUUUACGUGCAAAAUUUACUUUUGGAAAAAACUUUUCCUUACCAUGGAAGAUACCACAUCGUGAGUAAAGAUAGUAAAAUAAAAGAUGACUACGUAUUCCUUCUUUCUAAUGUGUAAAGAGAAUUUUUUAAAAGAUAACAAUCACCCAAAAACUAAAGCAAUCUGCAUUAGCUUCUUACCUUAAAUCAAUCACUUAUUAUUACCUAAAGUUUGACGAUAUUUUUCAUACACAUUCUCACCCAUCUCCAAAUUUUGCCGAAAUGUAUAUCUAUUUAUGCUCUUGUUUACCCUUUUUUUUUUACCAAUUCAUUAUUUCCGUGAAAUAAGUUAAAAUUAUUUUUUAACCGACACCAUUAGAUUCCUUAGUGUGGUAAGUUAAAAUUAUUUUUUUAACAGUUCAAAUUAGAAUAAGCGUUUACUUUGCCCAGACUCUUUCUGCCGAUUGAUUCUUAAACUUCACAUUUUCGCUUCUUUCUUCUUCAAAUCCAGAUACUCCGUCUUCUGUACACGUUCUUCCUCUUCUUCUUCCUCAGUUCUCACCCAUCCCUAUACACGCCUUCCUCUUUCUCUCUCACACACUCGCAUUUGUCAACUCCCAUUUCAAAGUCCCAUACAUUUUAUUAAACCAAAUCUCCCACAUUCGGCUUUUUGUUUUCCACUCUGAAUUCCUUUAGAUCUCGUUCUGAAAAACCCUUUUGAAACUCCGAUUUGUGUUUUUCUUUUUUUUUGAACUUCUGAACUUUAUUUGGAUACGAGAUUAGCCAAAACAAGGGAUAAAGAUUGUUCCUUUUUUGCAAGGACGACAAUGUCAGGGCUUCAGGUAUUCACCGUCGGUUUGUUUUUGGUGUUAUUGAAUGCGCCGGUAAUUCUCUGCGCAGAUCCGAAAUCCCCAAGUCCGGCUCCCGAAAACCCGGCCGCCGACGCCGGCGUCCCUUCGCCGUCGCAUCAGAACAAUGCUUCGUCUCCGGAACAUUCUCCUUCUCCGUCUCCAGCGGCGGAUAUUCACUCUCCUCCUGCUCCUCCUCCUGAUUUGACUCCAUCCCCUGCACCCGCUCCGGCAGCCAACGGCACUUCUCCGGUGAAUUCCCCUACGCCGACACCUUCCCCUGCCCCCGCCCCUGACGCUCCGAGCGAUGUGAGUCACGAGGAUGCCACCGCCGACGAUAGCCACGACGACAACGGAGGGAUGAGCGGCGGACAGAAGGCCGGAGUUGCCAUCGGAGUAAUUGCCGGGGUAUUCAUUGUCGGAGCCGGAGCGGUGGUUUACAAGAAGAGGCAGUCCAAUAUCCAGAGAGCCCAAUUCGGGUACGAUGCCCGGAGGGAGAUUCUCUAGAUUCUUUGCUAGAAGAAUGGGAGAAAAGAUAUACACUAUAUUUAGAAAAAAAAUACUGAGAUUUGAUUCUUCUACAUUGUUACAGAUUUAUGGUGGGUACUCUAUUAUUGGUAUAAAUCAUACGUAGAUUUUAUUUUAUUGCAUCAUUGCUGAUUGAUGAUUUAGAUCGGACAGAGGAGAUGAUGACGAUGAUGAGCAGGAGAUGAUCCAUGAUUUGUUUCAUUCUUUCUGUUUUUUUUUUUUUUUCUCUCUUUGCUAAUAAUAGUAAUGAGUUCAUUUUGUGUUUUGGAUGAUUGAUUUUUUGUUCAUUUCGAAUAAUCUUCGCCUACAUUGUUAUUUGGCUAUGAAUUUUGUUGAGAGAUUAUGCCUAUUUUGGUCAUGUUUAGUAGUGUACACGGAAUGAGUGUCGGAGUGAAUUCAAGAUUGUGAUUUUGUGAUAGUUCUGGUUUAUGAGUGAUGUGAAUGAAUUGACUGAGGUUCAAAAUGAAGUAUACUUCAUAGUUCAUACCAUUCAUAAAACACAAAUUAAAACUAACUUUAAUUUAGAUUUGUAUCUUGUAAAUAGACUGGUUGGAUUGAUUGUAUGGUACCAAAUCUUUGCUUGGGGUUGACACUUGAUUAAGUGUUAAAAGGAGUCAAAAUCAAGUUUGAGUGCUCUACAUGUUUGUACAUGUAUUCUUCCUAGGCCUAUUGAGGCUAUGGAAGUUUUAACGGGUGUUUGGUAGUUUUGUCUUUGCUUGCUCCAACUGGUGAAUAGGAAGGAUGGGGGCGGGGUUGGAAUCCAAAGAUCGUCGCAACUCGCAACAGUAUUCCGUCG